CAAGAAAUAGCGGCCCGGGAAAGCCCGGUCCUUCAUUGUGAUCUGAUGCUCUGAUUCCGAGCGAUACCAGCCGAAUCCUCGCUACUUCGUCUCUACCGAUAGCUCGACCGAAACUGCUGUAUCGCGUUUACCAAUUUAGUCGCUCGAAGCUAAUUCAGCGAUCGUUUCAUCGACCAACUUGCUCGUUACCAAAAAAACGUCGACCAAAAAAAAAAAAAAAAAAUGGUUUCCCGGUUCUCGCUUUUCGCUACGAUUAGACGCGUUCGGAUUCCGGUCGAAGCUGCUGAACAAAGUCUACGAAGAGAAAGGAUGGCCGAAAUUGAAAGUACAAAGGUGUUGCUGCGUCCGUUUCAGUGGUUGGUCGAAUCAACCGCUCUCUCGAUUUAAUCUCAAAUUUAAUCGGAGACGGUUUACGGAAAAGCCGUUUUAACAUCUUUUUCAAUUCGAGCGAAGGGAGGAAUGUCGUUUCCCACCAGUGUAAACCUAUUUGUCGGGAAGGAAUCCUUGUCGCGAUAAAGAUAACCAGCUAGUCGCUCGGUAACGUUCACUUGGAACCCAGUUAAGGUCAUGGUUUGCUACGCGAAAUUGAAUUUGUCUCUUUUUCUUCUUAGUUUCCGUACAAUGAGAAAGAAAAAAUGGAAGAAUCCCAGUAGGAGGGUGGGCGGCCGCUUGGUCGGUCGGGCUGAUGGGGUGAAAGGGAGGCUAGGACGAGCUGAAAUGGACUAGCCCGUGAGUAAGAUGGGAUCGAGCUAACGGAGAGAAAGAUGGAAAGAGGAACAGCGAGGGAAGCGAGGAGCGAAGUAGGCCUUUGCCGUCUUUCGGGCACUAACGCGGCCCGCUCCUUUGCCUCGAUUUUCCAGGCUUUUCUCCCGACCCCGGUAGUCUCGAGCGUUUAAUUCAUUUCCACGCCGCUCUUCUCCCAAUUCAGCCCGCCCCCUACUACGCUCUUUCUCUUUUACUCUCUUGGCGCCAAACACGUUCUAUACUCUAUGCUUGGAGCCUGGAAUUCUUCUUCCGACUUUUCGUUCGCAAACCUCUCGUUAUUUCUACACAUGGCUCGUCGAUAAAGUAGAAAAAUGGAAAUUACACGGGGUGGAAAGGAAUCUCGAUUUGUCCGAUUUCGCGUGUAUCUCGCGGAAAGGGACGUAAGGGAAAAGAGGUACCGAGACGCGCCACAGAAAUCACACAUAUAUACAUUAUAGAAAACGAAUUGCGGUGACACAUGAUGCGGCAUAGAUCAACGUAUAAAGUGUGCGGGACAUCAGAUUAUCCGAAAAAAACACGUAGAAGCGGAAAGACACAGAAUGCAUAGACAAUCUGUACAAAGUAGAAGAGUUAUUUACAAAAAUAUAACAAGUAUAAUGUAAUAUAUCAUAUGUAUAAUAUUGUACAGGAUCGAAGAUCGCCUUUAUUCGGAAGAAGCUUAGAGUCGAAGAUGUUAUUCACAGUAUGAUGGAAAUCACGCGUUCCCUUUCUAUCGUCUAAACCAUAAUUAAUAUUAUCGUUGGUUCUUUCUCGCUGCUGGCUACUAUCCGAUUCUACUCGAAAUUUUACGAGCAACCUGGCGCGGCGGCCGGCUCCGAAACUAUUACUUUCCGCUAUUUCUAUCGCGCGUUCUUUGCGAUCUUCGUGCAUUCAAAAUCGUCGCGUCAUCCUCGAAUUCACAAUUUUGCCUAUCUCGAGAAACACCGACAACUAUGAGAGAAGAUCGUAGAUGUAACAAAGUAACGCAAAUAUCAAGCUUCGACGUCUAAAAGGCCAAGCUAAAUAUUGCGUGUAACUAUUAUACAUAUGUAUACGAACAUCAAAGUCUGUGCACACACACACAUCGUGAAAAGUAGAACGAGGAGAAGUGUGAAAAGGUUUAAAGGUGUAAGUGGGAAGGAAACGUUUCACGCGCACACGUUAAAUUUCAAAAGAGAAAAGACAAGUCGUGUGUGAAAAAGACAGGAUUCGUCCAGCGAUGGGUAUGUACCUACGACGUUUCCACGUUUCCAUAUUUUCAUAGUUUCCCGGUUGCGCGUUAACGAAACGAGUCUGAUGAGAUUUUGUUAAACCGAUUUCUGUCCCAUCGCCAGAUCGGUCACCACGACGAUCGCAAGGAGAGCGAAGGAGCGAGGGAAACAGAGAGCGGAAACUGGAAAGAAAGAAGCGGACAGAAAAGUAAACCAAAGUCGAAUCGUAUCCUCUGUUACAUAUGUACAUCGUGUAUCUCUCUCCCCUAGCUUUCCAUUUCUUUUCUUCUGUAUCUCGCUGUCUCUCUUCUAUUCUUCUCUUCGCUUCUUUAUCCCCGUCCCGUGAAAAGUAAAUAGGUACACGUUUCUGUGCGCACAUAGAGAUAAACGUACGCGGAUACGAGAGUGUCAACGAAUACGUAGCCGUUCGAAGGCGCAAAUAGCGAUCAAGUUGUGCGCGCAAGGAUUGCCACGUGAGAGCUUGCCGCGAAUCGUAAAAUCCGAAACAGGAAAGACCGACGAGAAAUUAAUUCGCGCGUAAUCGAGAAAACUGAUCGAAGACGGUGUACAUCGCGCAUCGACGAUAACUUGUUCUGUGAAAUUCGCGAGCGUUCAGGCUGCUACGUACGCACGAAUAUGUUAAACUCUUGCGCGGGAGAGAUAAGCUUUGCGAAAGAAUAUUUACAAAGUACGAACAUCGGGAUGAGGAAUAAGAAGAAGAAACAGUGGCAGUAGUAGUAGAAGAAGAAGAAGAAGAAGAAGAGGGAAAGUAAAAUGAGAGAGUAGAAGAAAAAGAAGAAAAAGUAGAAGAUCAGAAGACACGAAGAAGAUUAGAGGAAACAAGACGAAGAUAAAGCAACACCACGAACAAACGGUGGACCAUAGACAAAAUGUACGGCCACGCCCUGGAAUGCUAUGUAUGUACCAAUCAAGAGGGUAAUCGAGAAAAAUGUUUAAAGAGUACAAAAAUCUGUGAACAGAGUCAAGACACGUGUUUAACGGAAAUUAAAUGGGGAAGUACACCAUAUUGGUCACAAGGUGCGAAGAAACAGUUUUAUGUCUCAAAGAGAUGUGCAACUAGAAAAGAAUGCGAAAGAAUAAAACAUUCUAAUAUGGGAGAUUGCACAUAUAUAUGGUAUGAAGAUUGGAAAUGUUCUGAUUGUUGUCAAGGAGAUAAAUGCAAUUAUUAUGUUAUCUCUGCAGCGGAGAAAAUACAUGUUUCCUGGUUGAUCGUAAUGAUAUCUUUGCAUAGUUUAUGGCAUAUAGUGAAAUGACGAAUAAUGGCAAAAGAUAUUGCUCCAGCGUCGGCUUCUUGCAACUAG